UUAGAACAUAAUGAUUCAAGACCAUCUACUAGCACGCAAAAUGAAAUUGAUGAUAAAGAAGAUGAUGUUAUAAAAGCUAUUUUAAGAUCUAAAGAAAUUGUUAGGACUCAUCCACCCAAUAUUUCAUUAAAAAAUACUUUAUUUGAUAUUUGUUUUCAUCCGAUAAAAGAUUUCAUUGCCCUUGGAAGUGUCACAGGGGAUGUUCUAAUAUAUAAAUAUGAUAAUGAAAAAAAUAAACUUGUAUCAACAUUUGAACUACAUAAAAAGGCCUGUAGAGAUAUUGAAUUUAAUGAUGAGGGAACCAUUUUAUAUUCUGUUAGUAAAGACAAAACGAUUAUGUUAAGUGAUUUUGAAACAGAAAAGUUGAUUACAAUAUUUGAAAAUGCACAUGAUAAUCCAAUUUAUACUAUGACUGUAAUAGAUGAACAUACAUUUGCAACUGGGGAUGAUGAAGGAACAGUUAAAUUAUGGGAUAGUAGACAACAAAAUUAUAAUUCAAUAUUUUCCAUAAAAGAAAUGGAUGAUUUUGUUACUUCUAUGCUAACGAAUGAGGAUAAAAUGUUUUUAGUGUGUACUAGUGGGGAUGGUACACUAACAACUAUAAAUAUGAGGACAAAAAAACUACAUGUUCAAACUGAAGAUUAUUCUGAAGAAUUAACAUGUCUUGGUUUAUUUAAACAUGGAAAAAAAAUUUUAGCAGGAGGAACUAAAGGUAACUUGUAUAUUUUUAAUUGGGGAGAAUUUGGUCUUCACUCGGAUGAAAUACCAAGUUUAAACAAAAAUCCUAUAAAUUGUAUGAUUCCAAUAACAGAAAAUAUAGUUAUUACUGGAAGUGAAGAUCAGAUGUUGAGAGCUACAAGCAUAUUUCCAAAUCAACAUUUAGGAAUUGUUGGUCAACAUAAUUUAUCAGUAGAAAAUCUUGAUAUUUGUAACAAUGGAACAAUAAUUGCUUCAUAUUCUUAUGAUGGUAUUGUUAAAUUUUGGAAUACAAAUUAUUUUGAAACACUGAACCUGUCAAACUCUAUUAAAGGUGGAAAACAAAUACGAAUGAAAUAUAAUUUACCUAGUAGUAAAGUAGAUAAUGCCUCAGAUUUCUUUGCCGAUCUUUAAUUAUUUAAAUUUUAUUGCUAUUUAUAAUAAUCAACAUUUUUA